AUGGAGACCUUCUCUCUGCUGCUACUCAGCCUGGGUUUGGUUCUUGCAGGAGCUUCAGAAAGCAUAAUGGAGAUAAUUAAAGAAGAAUUUUCAGGGGGAGAGAUGCCAUAUGACAUGGCAAACAGUGACCAAGAAAGACAAACUAUUGAGGUACUAAUGAACUUGACUGUGUUAUAUAAAAAUACCAGCCUCAGUAUGUCCAAGGAUAUUCUGUCUUCCUCAUUACUGACAUUCAGAAGAUUACAUUAUAGCUUCGCCAAAGGAAACAGUUCAGGUAAUGACAAAGAGUAUUGCAAUGACAUAGUGGUCUGGAGAAAAGUUUCAGAAGCUAAUGGGUCACGCAAAUUAAGCUAUAACUUCAUCUGUGGUUCCAAGGAAGUGAUUCAUGGUGCCCCCGAAGCCUCCAGCUGCAAGCGUGGACAGAAUCUUGGCAUAAGCUGCUCUAGGAGCCCAGCCCUGGAGACCACUAUGUGCCAGCUCACUACGGGCAAAUACCACAGUGAUACUUCAUUGAAGAAAAUAUUGGCAGUGCUGACAGGUCAUUCUCUGAUGAGCUGGUUAGUUAGUGGCUCUAAGUUGUAA